AUGGGCCUCUCGAUAAAGGCAUUAGGCAUUCGACUAGUUACAAACCCUGCUGUUGUCCAACUUGCGAAAAACGGCGGGUUCGACGCGUUAUUUGUCGACUUGGAGCAUUCUACAUUAUCAGUAAAUGAUGCUAGCCAGAUUUGCACUGCAGCUCUGCAGAUCGAUAUCACUCCUUUUGUUCGAGUGCCAUAUCAAUGUGGGAACGGGUUUGUCCAGCGUGUGCUGGAUAGCGGUGCCAUGGGUGUUGUCUUCCCACAUAUCCAUAAUAAAGGUGAGCCGCUCGACAGCAUCGAAAAUGUGGACGAUAUUGCCGCCGUUGACGGCGUUGACGUGCUUCUCAUCGGGUCGAAUGACUUGGCAAUCGAACUCGGCGUCCCCGGCCAAUUUGAAAGUACAGAGUUCCGUAAUGCGCUAGAGAAAGUCAGCCAAUCCUGCCAUAAACACCGCAAGAUCUUUGGUCUUGCUGGAAUCUACGACGCCCCGGAGAUCCAAGACUGGGCUUUGAAUACUUUGGGUGCUCGGUUCAUCCUUGCACAACAAGAUUCCGGUUUAAUUGCCGGUGCUGGAAAGAAAUGUGCCGAUGUUCUCUCUCGGAUUUACAAACAAUAG